UGUUCACCACGCCACAACCAUCAUUUACUCCCUCUCUUCCUACCUCCCGCCCCCCAAUACAACCGACAAGAUGGCUGCCGCAGCCCAAGCGUUGACGGAGCAAACGCGAUCUCUGUAUGGCGCCUCCUUCGGCGAAGCCUUUACCCCCGAUCUCCCUCCUAUUUCGACCUCAUACAAACGAAAAGCAGAAUAUGACAGUGUGCGCGAACUGCCCAAAUUUCUGGCAGAGAGACAAGCGAAGGCCGCUGCAUCGAGGGGACCCAAGCGGCCAAAAGCGCAGGCUGGUGGUGCAGCAAAUCAAAUGGCUUUGGUGAAGAGCAACCAAGGCCCCAACGGAGGAGAGGGCAAGACAGGCAGUGGUACGGGGACGACAGGAAACAGCUUGAUUCGAAGACCAAACAUGCAGCAGUCUCGACCGGAGUGGCACGCGCCAUGGAAAUUGAUGAGAGUCAUAUCAGGACAUCUGGGCUGGGUAAGAGCAUUGGCUGUAGAGCCUGGGAAUCAAUGGUUUGCUUCAGGAGCAGGAGACAGGACCAUAAAAAUCUGGGAUCUGGCGUCCGGUCAGCUUCGUUUGACACUCACCGGACAUAUUUCGACUGUGCGUGGUCUGGCAGUCUCGCCACGACAUCCCUAUCUAUUCUCUUGCGGCGAGGACAAGAUGGUCAAGUGUUGGGAUCUCGAAACCAACAAGGUCAUCAGGCAUUAUCAUGGUCAUUUGUCGGGCGUUUAUACCAUGUCUCUGCACCCGACGCUUGACGUCUUGGUGACCGGUGGUCGUGACGGUGUAGCCAGAGUCUGGGACAUGCGCACGAGGUCGAAUAUUCAUGUUCUAUCUGGCCACAAAGGAACAGUCACGGACGUCAAGUGUCAAGAGGCGGAUCCUCAGGUCAUCUCGUCGAGUCUCGAUAAAACAGUCCGUCUCUGGGAUCUCGCAGCUGGCAAGACCAUGGGCGUUCUCACUCAUCACAAGAAAGGCGUGCGAGCAUUGGCAGUACAUCCUAAGGAAUUCACAUUUGCAUCAGGGUCGGCUGGAACUAUCAAACAAUGGAAAUGCCCUGAAGGCGCAUUCAUGCAGAAUUUCGAGGGCCAGAACGCCAUUAUCAACACUCUGGCGGUCAACGAAGACAAUGUUCUGUUCAGCGGAGGCGACAAUGGCAGCAUCUCAUUCUGGGAUUGGAAGACAGGUUAUCAAUUUCAGAACACCGAAUCCAUUGCGCAGCCUGGUUCGUUGGAUGCCGAGGCUGGGAUCAUGAGCAGCACUUUCGACCAGACUGGCUUGCGAUUGAUCAUGGGAGAAGCGGACAAGACUAUCAAGAUCUGGAGGCCAGACCCCAACGCCACGCCCGAGACGCAUCCCUUGGACUGGCGGCCGACUUUGGGGCGUGUCAAGUAUUGAUGGUUCGAACGUAAAAUACAUAGCGUGGCGUUUGGUGGCACUUUUCAGUCGGCUUUUGAUAACCUUCACCGGUCCUUGAGGGCUAGAUGAGAAUCAUCAUGGAAACUCAGGUGUAAGAACACAAUCCC